AUGAAAGCAAUUGAACAGGAGGUGGUGAAAAGACGAGUGAAGUAUAUCAAAAUCGCUGGCGAUGUUCGUUCCGUACUUAGAGGGGUAAUAUUCUUGUUGAGAUUCUCCAUGUUUUGAUUUUAUUACUGCAUGGGUUGCAGCAAGCGUUACAACACAGUAGAUGAUGGUCAAGUUGGUCAACUUUCAAGUACUAGUUAAAACAUGAGCAGCCCAUCUUUAUCUGGUAUAAAAACUCGAGCCGAAGACGAGAGUUUGUAUAUCAGACAAAGAUCGGAUGCGAAUGUUUUAACGUGCUUAUAAAACGGCCCAUCUUAUAUGAGUUCUUUGGCGAAGUAAUUUUAAAAAUAAACAUUGUCUACGCCGAGAAAAUCAAAGCUGAAGUUCAUGUAAAUCAGGACAAAUCUUUAUCCGAUUUGCAAACAUUGAUUAAACAUUCAUUUCUUUUGUAUUUUCCUCAUGAAUUAUUAAUGAUUUUAUAAAUGUCGAUACUUAUAGGAGGAAGAAAAUUAAACUCUCAAUUCUAUUUAUUUACCUCCAAAUACAAGACUACUACAUAUAAUGAAAAGGAUGAACAUUAUUUUCUCACUCUGAUAACUGCAGGUUGACCAACAUCUGCUGGUGAUAUAGUGCUCAGUGAAACCCAGCUAUAAGAAUACAAAGAAUCGCUUAGCAAUUAUAUUUCAUUUCACAGUCACUCGUGCACCAGUUUCAAACUGAUAGUUCAACACGUGUCGCCAUCUUAAGCAUCUUGGCUGCUUCGAUGGUAAGUUUCGUUGUUUAUAAUUCUUGGAAAAAUUAUUUUGACAAACCUAUUCUAAUUAUGUCAUUUUCAGAUUCUUCACAUGCCUAGUUACCUUUGUUCUGAUAAUGUAAACAUAGAAUAAAGCAAAGGUUACUACGCAGUAAAAGUCUCACAACUUGUCAACAAGAUGUGUUCGCAACAAGAUUGUAGCAAGCUUGUCAACAAGUUGUAACAAUGCUGUUAUUUUAUCAAGUUGCUACAAGGUUGUCACUCACAACUUGUUGACAAAUAGUUGAAUUGCAAGACGAUAACAAGUUGUUGGAACAACUUGUAACAAGUCUGUUGGGCUCAACAACCUUGCAGCAAGUUGUCAACAAGCUGGGAACAAGCAGUACGAACACAUCCUGUUGACAAGUUGUUGGAACAGCAUUGCUACAAGUCUGCUGCAGGUUUGUUACAACUUGUGCGUUUUUACGUGUGUGAUAAGCGAUUAAUUGGUAGUGAAUAUAGGAAUGCAACGGACCCGAAGACGCGUUAGCUCGUAAUUAACUAUCGUUUAUUCUCGAACUGAGAAUUUCAGUCAUGUUGUGAGAUCAAUUGCUUUUGAUUUAAGGGAAUCACUCUGACAGCCGCUGACCACAUAAUAUUCAGUGAACUUCAUUGGACUCCAGGCGUGAUGCAACAAGCCGAGGAUAGAGUACAUCGGAUUGGUCAGGAGAACUCCGUGCUUGUCCAGUAUCUUGUUGCCAGGGGAACGAUCGAUGAAGUGUUAUGGCGUAUGCUUUGUACUAAGGUAGAUGUUUUGGAUCUAGACUUGCAAAACAAAAAGUCGACUCGAGUUUCUUCCGCUCCUCGCUAGAAUCCUGGAAUUUUACUCUUUUAAUUUAUGUCUAACUUUAUAAAAUGCCAGUUAUCUUGUAACAACUGUGUUUCUGAUCGUACAGCGAUGUCUUGAUAUGUUCUAAAUUCUUGACUAUUUUAUAAUUUUUUCCCAUGCACAGAAGAUUUAUUAACUUAAAUAUUAAUACCAUUUUUUAUGUCCUGUUUAAAUUAAAGACAUGCACGUUUGGGCAAUGGACCUAUUACCUAAUGAACAAAAUUUUGAUCUGGACAAGGCUAGACAAGUAUUUCAUCACAGCUUGAAAGAGCAUCACAAAAUUAGUAAUAUUCCGAAGUUUCAGAACGCGAUAUUAAUUUCCCGUGCGUAAUACAAAAUGACUGAAAAACGGCAAACUUCGCAGGGCUAUAUUAUCCGCAUUUUACAACAUUUGGCAACGAAACUUCGGAAUAUUACUAAUUUUGUGAUGCUCUUUCAAGCUGUGAUGAUCAAAAUUUUGUUCAUUAGGUAAUAGGUCCAUUAGGACGAAAAGCGAACGAAAGCUUGUCACAAGGAAAACACACUGUACACUAACUAAAGCUUUCUCUUCCUAUCUUUCAAGAUUUACGUGACUUCGACCGCAUUAAAUGGCAAGUUACAAGGUCUUGAUGUUGAAGAAGGCAGCGAAAGUCAAUCGAAACUUCUCGAAGCAUUUUCAGCUUGGGUGAUGGAGGACGAAGACGAUGGCGUGGCAGAAGAUGAUUUUCUUUUUACCCAUGUAAGUUUGAAACUCGGCAACUUUACACUUCAUUUGUGGUGACUGUGUGAUACGUUCAUUCAUUCAAUAUUUAUGUAAUCGACAAUCUCUGCCCUAGAGUCAAAAGAAACGAAAACAAGACGUGCUUCAAAGAUCACUGACGGAGUUUUUUCAUUCACCUUCUACGACGAAAUGCAGAAAAAUAGACAGCGGUAAAGAAUGGUCCGAGUCUCAGGAUUCAUCCACUCGG